AUGUCCGGCCCUCAGAUCUGCUCACAAUCGUGUCGCAUCACGGCGCGGCGAGCAGUCCACCUCGUACGCCAGCACUCUUGUUUGCAGCAGCGACACGCCUCGUCCUCGUCCCCGUCCCCGUCCCCGUCCCCGUCGUACCACCUUGAUGAUCUCGUCUCGGCACUACCGCGCAGCACUCGCUAUUCGAGACCUCGACAGAAGCCUGCCGCUCCUGCCUCUCGCCAGCCAGAAAGCCUCCACGACUAUGUAGCUGCGAAAUCCACCGUCCAACAGCCCAUCCGCCCUCGCACCAACACUCCCGCUCAGCCCAGUGCAGUCCAUAAGUCUCAGCACCUCGGACACAACACGCGGGAUGCACCUCGCACGAGAAAAUCCCGGGAUGCCAACCUCGUCUCCUACACUUCCAACCUCGAAGAUCUGAUCGCAAGAGAGGAUGCUGAUGCUGCCUGGUCUUAUUUUUCCACCCACUAUACCGCCCCCGAUUGUGCAGCCUUGGAUCCCGCUCGCCUCCCUUUCCUCGACGUUCCCAAGCACAGGAGAGGCUGGAUCUAUACCAACCUGCUGUCUCUCAUGACCCGCCACUGGCUUGCACAACUUGACUCGCACCCGUCCACCUCGAACGCAAUCUCUCCCUCCCCACGUGCUAUUCUCGAGAGAUUUGACCAGCUCGCCAUACCUAUACAGCCUAUUGCUUCCACAGUAGUCCUGUCUUUGGCCAUCCACCUUCAGCUGGGUGCUCAAGAUGAUCUGGAUGUUCUCAAUCAUCCUACAACCAAGCCUGUGCUUACCCAGCUGUUGGACAUCUGGCCGCUCUGUUUCUACGAGAGGAGGGUCGACAGGUCUCAAUAUGGCCCUGCAUCAUACUAUCAUCGCUUUCUAGCUCUGGUCAGAGCGCCGACCGAGAAACCGUCAAGCUUCGCUAUAUCACUCUUGCUUGUACAGGAUGUUCUGUGUCGUGCCACUUCUUUUCCACACGACCUCGAGCAGUAUCGGUCCCUUCUGCAGGCGCUUGGUAGCGCGUGCUCGAAGGCUCAGUUGAGCGAAGCCGCUGUGCGCCACAUCGAGAUGAGGCUCAAGAAAGAAACUCCGGACCAUUUCCAAGCAUCAGCUGAGCUAAGCAGAAGACUUUGCAGCCUUCAAUCGACGUCUGUGCUAGGGACCGCUUCGCCAGAAGACUCCACAUCCAACGGCGACCAGACCGUGGCACCCGAGUCGGUCGAAGUAAAGACCAAAAUCCUGUUGCACAAAGUCAACAUCACGGCCGAGAGACAAAAUCUUGACGUACUGGAACGACUCUGGACACAGGCACAAGAGGUCUUCACGGACGAUUCGUCCCGAACCACAGAAAGUGCGCCCUUGACGCAUCGGCUCUAUGAAGCGUUUCUGCAUGCCUUCUUCCAGCUGCGGAGGCCUCAAUCUGGGCUGCAGGUCUGGAACAGCAUGCUUCAAUCGGGUUUCGAACCAACAGUCCGCACUUGGAACGUCAUGAUGAAGAGUUGCCACAUUUCUCGAGACAUCAACAUCAUGGAAUCCAUGUGGCAGCACAUGAGAGAUUCAGGUCUUCGACCCGAUGCGAUUUCCUGGAGUACGAGAAUCUAUGGCCAUUUUCGGGUUGGUAGCAUCCGCGAUGGUAUGUCUGCGCUGGAUGAGAUGGGAAGGGAAUGGGUUGACUCCCAAAAGAGAAGGCGAUCAAAGUCUGCCGUUCCAGAGGACAGUGCAGAAGUUCCCAAGCCCGACACGGCUAUAUUGAACUCAGCCAUCUCGGCGCUUCGUGGUGCUAAAGCGUACCAGAUUCCCAGAGUCCUUGCUUGGAGUCGACUUUUCAACAUCGAGCCGGACAUAGCGACUUACAAUGCGUUGCUUGCUAUUUCGCUGGGCGCAGGGCAAGCGACAGAUGCGGCGAAUAUACUGCAGCAAAUGGCAGCGUCCAACGUCGAGCCCAACUCGUCAACCUUUACUAUUCUGGUCGACUCGAUGCUGUCGACAACGUUGCUCGGCGACAUGACGCAGGAUGAACAGAAAGACAAGAUCAUGAAUCUCAUAUUCUCUUUCGAAGAGAGUGGGAUGACAGUGGAUCAACAAGGAUAUGCUCUGCUCAUCGACCGGAUGCUCAAAGACCAUGGCAACCUGACGGCGGCCAGAAGCGUGCUGGCGCACAUGGCUACUCGCAAGGUCGAAUGUACACCUCACAUCUACACAAUCCUCAUGACGCAUUACUUUGACCGCGACCCGCCUGAGCUACUUGCUGCCGACGCACUCUGGAACGACAUAGAAAACUCGAGGCAGCAGGAGAUGGACGUCAUCUUCUAUGACAGGAUGGUGGAAGGAUUCGCAAGACAUGGCGACGUGGGCAGGACGAUGGCCUUCUUGAGCCGGAUGAGCAAGGAGGGUAAGCGGCCGGGUUGGCUGGCCAUGACUGCAGUGGUACAGUGUCUUGCGCGCAAUCACGAAUGGGACAGGGUCGGGCAGAUAGUCAUGGACUGUCACAAGCAGGAAGGACUUCUCAGCGUAGGUCUUCGGGGCAGAAAGGGACAGAAAGACUUCUGGGAGUACGUGGGAAGGCUAGCGGAGAACGAGCUCUAUGGUAGCGAGCAUGGCAGGGACAUCUUUGCGAUUGUCGAGGCGCAAAGAGAGGCGCUUGGAAUGUGA